CGAGAGCUGCCUGCACAGGUGAUGGGAUGGCGAGUGAGAAUGAGGAGGAGAAACCCCAGCAGGAAGAUGCUGAACAAGUAGAACCACAUGGAACAUUAGCAGGAAGAUCCAAAGGGAAUGUUUCCGGGAGUUGUGCACUCCCAGAAAAAGCAAAAGACUGUGAGACUCAGCACAGGCCAGGGGAAAACUUCAGUAGCCACUCAGACCUUAUUACAGGCAAGAGAAUCAACCUGGACGAGACACGCUACAGAUGCCAUAAGUGUGGGAAAAGCUUCAAUCGGAGCUCAACCCUUCUCACACAUUGGAGAACCCACACUGGAGAGAAACCCUACACGUGCUCUGAGUGCGGGAAAAGCUUCAAUCGGAGCUCUGCCCUGAUCACACAUCGGAGAAUCCACACAGGUGAGAAACCCUACACGUGCUCCGAGUGCAGGAAGAGCUUCAAUCGGAGCUCAAACCUUAUCAAACAUCAUAGAAUCCACACAGGAGAGAUGCCCUUCACAUGCUCUGAGUGUGGGAAAAGCUUUAGUCAGCACUCACAACUUAUCUCACAUUGUAGAAUCCACACAGGAGAGAAACGCUACACAUGCUCUGAGUGCGGAAAAUGCUUCCAUUAUAGCUCAGCCCUUACCACACAUCAGAGAAUCCACACAGGUGAGAAACCGUAUGGAUGCUCUGAGUGUGGGAAACGCUUCAUUCAUUGUUCAGCCCUCAUCUCACAUCGGAGAAUCCACACAGGAGAGAAGCCCUACAUAUGCUCGGAGUGCGGGGAAAGCUUCAAUCAGAACUCUACCCUGAUUGCACAUCAGAGAAUCCACACAAGAGAGAGACCGUACACAUGCUCUGAGUGUGGGAAAAGCUUCAAUCAGAGCUCAAACCGUAUUAAACAUCAGAAAAUCCACAUGGGAGAUGCCCUAAGGAUUAGCUCAAUGUAGGGGUAUGUCUACUCUAUGGGAUUAUUCCGCUUUUACAGAAACCCGUUUUUGAAAACAGAUUGUAUAAAGUCAAGUGCACGUGGCCACACUAAGCACAUUAAUUUGGCAGUGUGUGUCCAUG